AGUACGCGAAACGUAGGAGUGAGGUUAGGCUAUUUCGAAUAAUACGAAUAUCCUGUCGAGUCGCGAACAGUCGCGAAUAAAGCAAUUGUAACUCACAAGUCACAAUCAGUCAGUAGGAUUACUGAUUGUAAACAUUAACAGUUAUGUUUCCGAAAAAUGUCAAGACAACGCUGUUGUGUGGGCCGAAAGAUUUGAGUAAAUCUUUUAUGUUUGAGGCUGCGACGUAUUGGGCGGAGGAAGGACAACGGGUUGUUUACAUUACCCCGACACCUCUGGAAAAACGACCGGCGGCUUGUCAUGACAGAAGGAAUCCAUCAGUCACUGCGCUCAAACUAAUGAGAUUCAUAUAUUUGUCGGAUUACGAAGUCCUCGUGGAACAACUUUUUAAACUGCACACCUAUGCAGCAGUACCUUCUGUGCUUUUGAUAGAUGACUUAGAUGAUUAUCUCUUGAGUGACGAAACUCCUGGAGAUGAUAAUUCGAGGUCGCGUAUCGCCAGAAUUUGUGCCUUGAUACUCCAUUCGAUGAAGUCGUGUUCACGAAUUUUAAAAAAGAAUGUGCAUGUGUGCAUAUGGACUAGUUCUAGCCUCAUCAAUAACUUUAUUCAGACAAUUUACUUUCGCAAUGUCUGGAAUUUAACGGAGAAGGAGAAUGGAAAAGUUAUUUUGGUGGAAAGGUGUUCCAUUAGAUCAUCGUUAGAACGAUCGUACAUAUAUUAUAAAUUCCAAGAUGGGAUGCGAGUUCUUCAACAAAUAUUAGGCGAUUCAAUGGAGGUUUAAUGAUAUUUUUAUUAGGGAUGCACCGUAAAAUUAUCGGAUAUCCGAGAAGGCAAUUUCUUCAAGCCGGAUAUCCGACUGGAUUCCGAAAAAGUGUCCUCUAAAAAAAAGCCUAUAGAGAAAAAGAUUGUAAUUUUUGCAACAAUAUACAAGAUAGCAUCAUGAAUAUGCAUAUUUAUUUCUAGAACAUUUGUACAAGAAAAAAAUCAACAAUUUAAUGAUAUGAAAUUUCAACCAGUAUAUUCCCGGAUACUAAUGAUAUCCGACUAUCCGAUUGGAUAGUAAAAAAGUGCCGGAUAAUACUGGAUACAAGAUACUCUUCAGA